CCUACAGGUGAAUCUCUCGAAAGGACAUCCACUGACACAUCAUGCCUGCUCUACACUGGAUUUGUGCUCUUACACUGACUCUGCUCUGCUGUCUGACCGCUCAGCCUGUGAGAAAUGAUCAAGAACUUGAGGGAAUGAUAAAAACAAUUGAUAAAUUAAUUCCCCAAACAGGUGGAUGUCUGGACUCAGAAGCCAGUUACUACACCCCUACUGAUGUAAACGAUAACUUCUUGGUUGCAGCUUUGAAUUGCUCUAUUGCGGAGCUGGACGUUCUUUAUAAAGAGUGCAAAGAUGACGACAUUAAAUAUAGUUUAGCAGGUCUCAGCGAAUCAGUGGAAGAGAGAUUUGACCAAUUCACAAAUGAACUUCAAGCUGGCACACAGAGUGACUUCAAAUGUGAGAAUUCAACCAAAAAACCCUCUGAGACGUUCCUGAAGAACAUCAAAACCCUGUUGCAGCGAGUGAACUCUCAUCUGUAAAGCUCAUAGCGAAGCAGAAUCGGCCGCAGACCCAUUAAAGGACUAUUCCACGUUCAAUACAAGUUAAGUUCAAUCGACAGCGUUUGCGACAAUUUUAAUUACCGCAAAAAUGCAUUUCGACUUUAAAAAAUCUGGGUUACGGUGAGGCUAAAAGACGUAACCCUAGGCAUGUUAACAUGAUUUUAGUGUGAUACAAUCACUUUCUAACCUUUUCUGUGUAAAGUUAUGUCCAAUUGUACUUAUGGUAAUCAACAUUAUGCCACGAAUGCUGUCGAUUGAGCUCGUAUUAAACCUGUAAUGUUUCUUUAAGAGGUUCCUAUGCUCUUGACCACAGCUGCAGGUCUACAGGAGCUUUAGUCCAGCUUUGUGGUCAAACUAAGCACAAAAGAUAAUGCUCAGAAAAAGAUGGUGUUAAAAUGGUUGGUUUCUAUUUUUGUGAUGUAAUGGUCAUGUCAUAUUGGUUUAUUAUGACUUAACUAGAAUCAUGUUGUAUAUCUUUCUACAUUGCACUGCUAAGAACAUAUUUCUUAAAAUAGUCGUAAAUGCUAAUGAAUGUAACUUCUAUGAAGACGGAUAUGCUGCUUAUUUAUGUAUUUAUAAAACUAUUUAUUGGUUAUUUAUAAGGAUACCUGCCAUGUAUUUUUAGGAUGA